CCAGCCGAGGGAGUAUAAAGACCCCCACAGAGCUCAGGUCUCUUAAGAGACUGAGCCACUUUCAGUUGACUGUCUUCAUCUUCACCUGGUGGAUCACUGGACAGACUCAUCUUCAUAUCUGGCAGUUUACCCCUUGAUUGACCUAUCGCUGCCGACACUUAUAUCAUCAGCAUGCAUGGGUUAGCAGCGUGGAGCUGGUUGUUGCUGUGUUGUGGAGCAGCAUGCGUGUCUGGGAUGAGGAGAGAGUACUUUCUCAGGAUGGAGGAGGUGUUGUGGAACUAUGCCCCAAGUGGCAUGAACAUCAUCCAUAACCGCACCGUGGAGGCGGACGAAGAAGCCUCUGUUUUUCUAAAGCGAGGCCCCCAGCGGAUCGGCUCCACCUACAAGAAGGCUGUUUAUAAGCAGUACAGCGAUGCCACCUACAGGACACAGGUGGAAAAGCCGGACUGGCUGGGCUACUUGGGACCUCUGCUGAUGGCCGAGGAGGGAGACACGCUGAUCAUCCACCUGAAGAACAGCGCAUCCAGACCUUACAGCAUCCACGCACAUGGACUGAACUACAGCAAGGGCAACGAGGGAGCCCUCUACCCAGAUGGAACAGGUCCAGAGCUGAAGCAUGACGACUCUGUGGCUCCUGGUGCAUCCAUGACCUACGAGUGGACCCUCUCUCACUACCACAGCCCAACAUCUGAGGACAGCAACUGUCUGACCAGAUUCUACCACUCUCAUGUCGCCGCUCCAAAAGACAUCAACUCAGGACUUAUAGGACCCAUCAUUAUCUGUAAAACAGGAACCCUGGACUUGCAUGGCGACAAGUCAGGCGACUACCUGUACGCGCUGCUGUUCAUGGUGUCGGACGAGAACUUCAGCUGGUACCUGGACGAAAACAUCAAGACGUACAUCACGAAUCCAGCCAGAGACCUGAAGGAGGACGAAGAUUUCAUUGAAAGCAACAAGAUGCAUGGUAUAAACGGUCUUCUGUACGGUAACCUGCCAGGACUGAGCAUGUGUCAAGGCAACAAGAUUCACUGGCACAUGUUUGCAUUAGGGAACGAGGUGGACAUACACUCAGUUCAUUUCCACGGGCAGAUCCUGACCACUCAGAACCACCACACAGACACGGUCAGUCUUUCCCCGGGCUCCAGCUUGGUGGCUGAGAUGGUCGCAGACAACCCCGGACACUGGCUGCUGACGUGCACGGUCAACGACCAUCUGAACGGUGAGCUCACACACAAGGUCGCUCAGGAAAGAAAUGUUUCUCAGCACUGUGUGGAAGCUAAAAUGGUUUUGUGUUACAUGUGUGUGUUUUUGUGUGUGUGCAGUGAGGCAGAUAUGUUUGUAACCAGAGGUCCAAACCGCAUUGGAAGCCGCUACAAGAAGGUUCGCUACGUGGAAUACACUGACGACACCUUCCUCACAAAGAUGCUACGCACCCCACAAGAGCAACACCUUGGAAUUCUGGGUCCUGUGCUGCGAGCUGAAGAGAAGGACACGAUCAAGGUGGUCUUCAAGAACAAAGCCAGCCGACCGUACUCCAUACAAGCACACGGUGUUCAGUACAACAUAGAACAGGAUGGGACGCUCUAUCACAAUGAACUGGAAGAGUCUUAUACAGCCAAGAAACUGAGGGAGCUGAGGAGGGAGACAAGAGUAGUGACUCCUCCACCAGCUGCUCUGGUCAGACCUGGGACGGUGUACACCUACGAGUGGAUGGUGCCGGUGGGUGCUGGUCCGGUUCAGGGGGAGGCCGACUGUCUCACGUACCUCUACUACUCUGGAGUGGACCCUGUUAAAGACACCAACUCAGGACUCGCGGGACCCCUCCUGGUCUGUCGACAGGGAUCACUGAGAAAAGGAGUACAGAAAAACUAUCAGAAGGAGUUCCACCUCAUGGCCACGGUGUUUGACGAGAACCUGAGCUGGUACCUGGAUGACAACAUCAAGACCCUCACCACACCUGCCACCUCUGUAAACAAGGAGGAUGAGGGCUUCAUGGAGAGCAACAAGAUGCACGCCAUCAAUGGGUUUGUGUACAGGAACCUCCCCGGCCUGACCAUGUGCAAGGGGGAUAAAGUAACGUGGCACCUGUCGGGACUCGGCUCGGAGUCGGACAUCAACAGCCUUUACUUCCAGGGAAACCGCUUCCUCUAUCGCCAGAACAGACGAGACUCCAUCAGUGUUUUCCCUCACAUCUCGCACACUGUCACGAUGGAGCCGGACAGCAUGGGUCACUUUGAGGUGGUGUCUCCUACAGUGAUACAUUAUCAAGGCGGCAUGAGAGCCAACUACACCGUAGAGAAGUGCAGCUUUUUACAGCGUCAGGGUGAGAUUAUGCUCCACUCAAAAACAUUCUACAUCGCUGCCAUGGAAACAGACUGGGACUACUCACCCAACCGCACCUGGGAGAACGAGAUGUUCCAAAACCACGAAAACCCCGCCCCUGUCUUCCUGGACCAGCAGGGUGGAUUCAUCGGCUCCCGUUACAAGAAGGUGGUGUACCGCCAGUUCACCAACAACAAAUUCACCACGCAGGUGGAGAGAGCGGCCGAUAUGAAACACCUGGGAGUUAUGGGUCCGAUGAUUCAUGCUGAUGUUGGGGACAAAGUGAAUGUGGUUUUUAAGAACAUGGCGUCCAGACCUUAUUCUAUCCACGCCCAUGGAGUCAAGACAGAGACCCCUGACGUCUACCACACCAAACCAGGUGAGACUCACACUUACACCUGGUACGUUACGAAGAACACGGGCCCCACCACAGAGCAGGAGGAUUGUUCUGUGUCAGCCUACUACUCCACUGUGGAUGUUGUCAAGGAUCUGUACAGCGGGCUGAUUGGUUCGCUGGUGAUUUGUCGCCGUAGCUGGGGCAGGACUCUGGGACUAAAGAAAGAAGUAGAAGAGUUCGCUCUGCUUUUCCUGGUUUUUGAUGAGAAUGAAAGCUGGUACCUGGAUGAAAACAUCAGGACCCACAUCAGGAACCCUCGCACAAAUUUGAAGGAAGAUGAAACUUUUAUUGAGAGCAACAAGAUGCACGCCAUUAAUGGCUACGUGUACGGUAACCUGAAUGGUUUGAACAUGGAGGUGGGGGAUAAGGUGUACUGGUACCUGAUUGGAAUGGGCAGUGAGGUGGACAUACACACAGUACACUGGCACGGACAUAGUGUGCAAUACAAGUUGGGCGGAGGUCCUCACACCACUGAUGUGUUCCAGUUGUUUCCAGCAACAUUCCAGACAGUCAAGAUGCGUCCUGAGAUUCCUGGUAGCUGGCUGCUCCACUGUCACGUCAAUGAUCACAUUAAAGCUGGUAUGGAGGCCAUGUACACUGUCACUGAGAAAGUGAAGAAGAGGGGAUUCAUAGGCUGAACUGUCAAGGAAAAUAAAUCCAUAUUAAAAAAAACAUCAAGCUAUUACUGCAGCAAAUCCAAUAAAAACAUGUAAUAUAUUCAGUCUAAUAUGAAGAGUAACACCCUGCCUCCUCCAUGUUAGUGGAUAGAAUAUGGACAAAACAAAGAAGUGAAAUAACUUUGGCUCCUUCCCCCGACUGUAACUUUGCAGACUAUGGCCCCGGAUGACAUCUUCAAUGCAAGAUGGCAGCUUUUGUAUUGAAGACAUUUUGGCUUAAUCCUUCGUGGGAGGAAGUGAAGACAAGUCGUCCAUCUUUAUAAAAAAGUGUACGUUUUUUAUAAAGAUGGACAACUUGUCUUCUUUUGGGUCGGUCGUCUCACUGCGUCUGUGUAAAUGGACAAAAUGCAGUGAAAGUGAAAAAUAAAUAGAGAGAAAGGGGGGUUCUUACAGCACAGUAAUCAACUCUUUUCUGCAAAAUAGCCAAAGCUACUGUGCGAGUUUGAAUCUAACUAGCAUUUUUAAAGUCACACAGCGUUUUCCCGACUUGAUUUGCCUCCUCAGUCAUGCUCAGCUUCAUCAGCUCCACCCCUCCCCACGUUCCCUCGUCCUUGCUCACUUUGACCUGCUUCACACUGGACUCUCUGCACAAGUACCUGGACUCUGGAUUUCCCUCCUCUGCGCUGUGGUUUUUUAGUUUGUGGUCUGUUGUGGUUAGUCACAUUAUUUGCAUUUUCACCCAUGUACAUAGCUUACUGUUUCUUGUAUUCUUAAUUCUUGUAAUAAUUAACAUUGUUGAAUUUUACUACAUGUGUCUUGGUAAAUAUAAAGCUGAAACCUGUAA